UUUAAAAUGAAUUUAACCAGAACAGAAAAAGAAUUUAUGUGUAUAGAACAUAAUGAACCUGCUCUAUUUAUUGAUAUUUCAUAGAAAAGCUCAAACUUACGAAACCGAUGCCUAUAAUGUGUAGGGAAAGAAAUGUCAUAAUGGAUUGAUAUUCAUGAAGCUGGAAAACAUUUUGAAAGUAUAAAAAGUGUUGUUUGGAAUGAGAGAUUAGCUAUUCAUUUGAAUAAUCUAGACAUUUUGUAAUAAUUAAAAGAAUAGCUUAAAUAAUUGAAAAUAAAAUCCAAUUAGAGUCUUGAUAAAUCAAUUCUAAACAUUGAUUAAUAAAUUUAAUUCAUAUAAGUUGGAAUGGAGAAAGAAAAUAGAUAAAUAAAUGAAUUGAAAACAUCAGAUAUAGAUUAGGAUGGAUAUUAACAAAGUAGUUAAUUGAUAUCAUUUAUUGAUUAUAGAGAAAUAUAAUCUAUGAAUAGAGAAUAAUUUAAAAGAUUAAAAAUAGAUUAAAAUUUAAUUUAACUUGAAGAAAGUAUUAUGUAAAUUCAACAAUGUCAAAAAAGUUCAAUAGAAGAUGUUUUUGAAACCUUUUCUGAUAAAAUGUAUCAUUCUAGUAAUGUAUCUAUCUCAACUUGGCAUUGUGAAAGUCAUAAUAAUUAGGCAGUUUUUAUUGAUUUAAAUGAAUAGGCCACUGUACCUAAUAGAUUAGCUUGUAUUGAUUGUGUUCCUUAAUAUCCUAUUUAAUAUACUAAAUUAGAUCAUUUAAAUUAAUUAUGGAGAAGAUUUAUAGAAUAGAAUUUAAAAUACUCAGAAUUAUUGUAGAUCAAUAUUUCUAACAAAACUUAAAAGUCAAUAUCUAAAUAUUCAGUAUUUAAAGAAAUCAUUAAUGAAUUAAUUAUAUAAUAAUCUUAAGAAAUAUCAUAAUGCAUUUCAUCAGAAUCUUAAAUUAUAUAAAAUAUGAUCAAAAAGACUUAAAAUUGGUUUCAAUUGACCCAAUUAGAAAUUAUUGAAAUUACUAAUGUUUUAAGUGAAAAGAAUAAAUAUGAAAUUAUUAAAGAAUCAAUCUUUAAUGAAUUUAAAGAUAAAUUAGAUUUAUUAAAUUAAACUAUUACAAAUUCUUUGAAGCAAUUUCAAGAUAAACUUUUUCCAGCCUUUUAAUAAAUUUAAGAGCAAAUAUUAUAAGAAAUAAUUAUAGAAAAUCAAGAUCUACUAAAUCGUUCCAUGAAUUAUAGAUAACCAUUUUUUGAAUCAUUAAUUGAAUUAAAUUAGCUAAAUACCCAAAAGAAACCUUUUAGAUAUCAAAUUAUAAACUCUAUAAAUGAUGAAAGAAUUGAGACAUUUGCAUUUAAUGAAGAUUAUUCCCUUCUUGUGACUGGUUAUUUUGAUUCUAAUAAGAUAAAUGUAUAUGAAUUCAAUCAAGGAUAAAUAAAUUAAAUUUAAGAGCUAAGAGAUCAUGAUGAGUGUAUAUAUUGUUUAAAAUUUUUCAGACAAUAACUGUAAUUUUUAUCAGGUAGUUAUGAUAAAUCGAUUAUACUUUGGGCUUAAAAUGAUAAUAAUUUCUGGUAUUCUAAAUAUAGGUUAAGAGGUCAUUUAGAGGGAGUAUACUGUUUAUUAAUAAAUAAUAAUGAAGAUUAGAUUAUAUCAUGUAGUGCAGAUAAAUCAAUAAAGUUUUGGAAUUAAGAAAAUCAAUGGUAGUGUAACUAAACAUUAUCUCUUCACUCUAAUAGUAUUACUAGCAUAAGUAUAAAUUAAUCUAAUUAAUAUCUAAUUUCAUGUGCAAGAGAUGAUAAUUUAAUUUAUAUUUAUUAGUAAUAAGAUAAUAAUAAACUUUGGAUUAAAUUUUAAGAAAUCAAUAUAGAUUAAUGGGGAAUGAGAGUGUGUUUUAUAGAUAAUUAUACAUUUGCAUUUCAACCAAUGAAUAAAGUUAAAAUGUAUAUUUUUGAACAAAAUAAUUAAAAUAAUUUAUUUAUUAAGACAAGGGAAGUAAAAGUAGAAGCUGGAAAUAAUUGUUAUUAUCAUUUCCCUUUAAAUUAUAUAGAAUCAAAAUAAAUUUUAGUGAAUAGAAACUCAAGUAAAAUUAAUUUUAUAAGAAAAUAAUCAAAUGGAUCUUAUGAGACAGAAUUAGUAAUUGAUUAUGAGGCUAAUAGAAUUUUUGGUGCAAUAACUAAUGAUGGAUAGUAUCUGGUAACGUGGGAUGAUGUAUCUAAAUAAUUUUAGAUAAGAAAAUACAUAGAAUGA